UCUGCGACCCCGAUUCAUCCUCAUCAUCAUCUUGUACUUUCUCUGGCCUGCGCCACAACUGUCGAGCUCUCCUCCUACUCCUGUUUCUCCGUCCAUGGAGCUGGCAGCCUCCACGUCCGCCUCCGUCUGCUCGGCGUACCACCAGCUCUCGGCGCCGGCGCCGGCGCCGGCGGCCGCCGACGGUGACGGUGACAGCGGGGCGCAGGCGGCGUCGACGCAGACGCAGCAUCUCGCGCGGCUGCCGCGGCGGAGGAAGCACGGCGGCGGAUGCGCGGGGCUCCGGCGGCGGUGCUACGCGGUGCUGAAGCAGCAGCGGACGCGGCUCUACAUCCUCCGGCGCUGCGUCACCAUGCUCCUGUGCUGGCACGAGCACGACCUCUCAGACUGAUCACCAUGGGCCGCCCGCUCCGUCCUGGCUGGUUUCCAUGUUCGAUUUGCAGUAGGAAGCAUAGAGAGGGAUCGAGUUUUCAUUUUCAUGCUGCCAGCCAAACUGUGAAAAUGAUCAGAUGCUGGUGGACUUUCGCUUUGAAUUUGGCGUGUAUUUGAGCACGAACGCAAACAGGGCAGAUCUCGAUUGUAACAAAUCCGUGUCAUAAAUCAGCCAACUGAAAACUCUGGCAUCGUCUGUUUGUAAAAGAAGGUGUUUAUCAGAUUCACAGUGGGCCUAGGUCAUCUUUAAGGCC